AUGGAUCGCUUGAACGGAUCAGGGUCGGGAUCGAGAUCUAACGCGCUCUCAUCAGAAUCACUAUCCAUCUCCGCAUCACUCUUCACUUCUUCAAUCGAUUCUUGGAUUCCAUCAAAUUUCGGUGUCAUCAAACCUGCUUCUGAGAAGGAGAGGGAGUUUUCAGCUUUACUGAAGACGGAUCAUUCGGAUACAAAAUUAGGUCUGGGUCAUCCGUCAUUGGACGCUCCUGUCAGACCAGUACAGCGGAACGGUAUAGAUGGGAUAUCGAGAAGGUUGAAUUUGGACAAGAAAGGUAAAGCGAAAGAAGUCACUACUACGGUUGGGACUUAUGGAGACAGCGAGGAUGAAGGUGAAUCAAGAGGGAAGAUCCUUUCCAAGAAGAAGAAUGGGGUGAUAGAUCCCUUCGGUAAUGGGAAAAAGAAGAAAAAAGACCCAUUCUCUAUAGGAAAGGGUACGAUCGGAGAAAGCUCGAGAUCAACUUCAUCCACUCCAGUCGUAGAACCGUCUAAGCAAGUGAACAAUCCGAAAACGUAUAUCAAAACAUUAUCUGCCACCGAAGCAGUCGAUAGUGUUCAGUCAAACACGGCUCAUAGCGAAGAAGGACACAGCGAACCUUCAGCUUUACAUCCUCUCUCAACUCCGAUGGCCUCAACAGCUACUCCCCCGUCUCCUGGUCAAGGCUCAUUCCCAUACGAUGGUCCCAGGCUCUUUGGGUCGCCGCAGAAAUCUCGAAGCGCCAAGAGACUUGCCGAGUUCGAUGACCGAGACGAUUCGGACGAGAUUUUAGGAGGAGAAAGCAAAGUUGUCGGCCAAUCGGAAAAUGGUAGUGUGGAAACCGACAAGAAUGGUAAAGUAGAGAAUGGGGUCGCCGAAUCUCCAUCCAGAUUAUCGAAAACUCAACGUAGAAGAGAAAAAAGGAAACGGGCAAAGUUGUCAACAUCAUAA